AUGUUUUCCAAAAGCGGGACAAAUACUCCUAUUCCGGGAGGCGUUGCUCACAUCAACAAAAUCCAGUAUCACGAACAGUUGGAUGAAACCAUCACCUGGAUCAAAGACUGGUAUUCCCCUAAUUUGUCUAACGACUUGUCUGAUGACGCUAUAAACGAUUCGGUCAGAUUAAAAGGCUGGUACAAGACAAAUAUCAACCACAAGAAUGGUAAUCUGCUCGCCUAUAAUCCCGAUGACGUGUUGAACUUGAAUGAGUGGAAGUAUUACACCGAGAGCACGUCCAUGACUGAUUCAAAUCAAUCGUCUUCGUCUGACUCUUCUAAUGGCUCUGCCAUGGACGUAGACGAAGUUAAACAAUUAGGUGCUGCCAUCCGGUACGAGGAUGACGGAUUAGGAAGGUUGUAA